AAUUUAAAAUUAGCAUAAAAUCUUUAGGUUCCCGUGGUGGAAAGCAAGGUGACGAAGAUCGAACUUUCCAAGAUUGCCGAUAGAACUAAGUUGGAAUUUCUGAACGCUACGGAGGAAAGAUUAAAAGAAAUGAGUGCAGAGAAGAACGAGAAAGAGAGAGAACGUCGCAUUGCCGAUAAUGUUGACGUGCCACAAAUCUGUCCGCAUCCCCAGCAAAUAAGGAUCAUAAAUCCCAAACCGACAGUACCCGAUUUGUCUUUGUCGGAUAGCAUCGAUCGACCGCUCUUGGAAAAAAACAGUGCUAGAAAAGAUGCUGGAAAGACUCCUUUUCUCACUUCACACUGUUCACAAGACGAAAGAAAUAUUUCAAAAUCUUUGCUUCCUUCUCAUAUAUUAAAUUCCAAAGAGUUAAGAGAAAAUUCUUUGAACAUUGCUCUUGGCGAAAGAGAGAAUCCCAUUUGUUUUCAAGAUGUGCCGCUAAAAAAGUCGCUAAUUCCUAUUAAAAAGCAACCUUUGCUUUUCACUCAUAAAUCUGACGUGAGUAAAAUUAAAUCUAACUGUAAUGAUAUUCAAAAUAAAGUUACAAACAAGGAAACAGAGAAACAACAGAAGGAAAAUACUAAUCUGGAAGUAAUUCAAACAAAAGCAUCUGCAUUACAAGAAGAAACGUGUAACAAAGAUUUGAUACUACAAAAGGAAAAUGUGAUAACUGAAGAAAAAUUGAGAAGGGAAUCCGUACCCAAAGACGUAUACGAGCUCCUCAGGUACCAAGAAGAGCAGCUGCAACACUUACAACAACAGAUACAACAAAUCUUGAAAGCGCAGAAUGAAAAUCGUACAAAGGAAUCUUUGACGCAUGCCGAAAAACAGAACCCUUCUGUCUCCGUAUCCACCAUGACAAGUCUGAGUCUGAAAGAUGGCAGAAAACAAGCUCCCGAGGAGCAAGAUAAAAUCUUAAAAACCGAAGGAGUCCAGACAGAUGACGAUCAUUUUUACAGAAAAUACAACAGGACUCGAACCAUAAAAAGUAACUUAUGCGAGAGAAGCAAUCCUAAACAAAACAUAAAUCGUCAGAUUAAUAACUUUGACCCCCUCAAACAGUCCGACGGUUGUAAUGUCCGGGUCGCAGAACCAUCUCUGACUCUCGACGACAUUCGUUUGGAUACAGUGUGCGAAAACCGCGAGAGUAUUGCUUCGUCCAUAUACGUCGAUAUACCAGAUUAUCCAGCCAGCACGUGCAGUGCCGACGAUGCGGAAGAAAGUUCGGUGUUGGGAGAGAGCGCAAGCAUCGUUGGAAACGUACAGCCAGAGACCGGAGUACCAAGUAACACAUUCUAUGAAAACAUUCUCGGUAAUAUAGAUAAAGUUCUGUCUAAACAAGUCCAAAACAAAGCAGAAGAGUCCUCAGGCAAGAAUGACGAUAAAGUCGAAAGGAACGAGGAAGAUUGCAUCGGAAGCAAAAAUGUUCGUAAGUUAGAUGCAAUCCGGGAAGACAUCUGUGACAAUCUGUCUGAAAAUGUCUUCUAUGAGAAUAUCUUGGUAAUUAUUUUUAUUUAAUAAAAUUGAAAACUUAAUAGUUUUUCAUAAAUGGAGUCUGUCAUGAAGAGCUUUCUGCUCUGCUGUUCAUAGAAGGCUUACAAAUUAAUUGUAUUCGUGUGUCAG